UUUUCUUUUUUUAAAAAAAAAAAAACGAUGACAACCGAAGAUUACCCUAUCGAUGAAAACGCCCCAGCUCAACCAUUUGAGCCCGAGAUUGAAAGACAAAUCGAAAACAACGAUCAAGCAGGUCUUAUGAGAUCUUUUACUUUUCUCGUUGAUAAAAGCACACAGUCUGAUGCUGCUGCUGCUGUUGUAAAGGAUGGUAUUCAUGCUCCUUCUUCUAAAAUCCCAAAACACUGGCACCGUAGAAAAUUAACUAGCUGGCUUCAUAAACAUCUUGUGCCUGAAAGUCUUCGAUCGGCUAUUGAAAAGAAGUAUGGUAACUUCAUUAUUAUUCGUUCGACAGGUGAAUUGCAUUAUGAAGAAAUGCCUAUUUAUACUCGUAUUGGCAUGCACUUGAUUUUCGGUGGCUAUCAUAGAGACAAAGUGGCUAGUUCAGAAAUUAUGCAAUCUCUUUUCUUAAAAGAAACCUUACGUCAAGGUCAAUUCUUUUCGGAACCCGAAUCAGUAGAACAGAUUCCUAGUUUCAUAAAUCAUUAUUCGAUUGAUAUGACCAAUUAUGUGAUUUCAGACAUUCAGGAAUACAAGAAUUUCAAUGAGUUUUUCUCGAGAGCCAUUCUUCCUGAAAAAAGACCUAUUGCUGAACCUGAAGAUGAGGGCGUCAUUGUAUCAUCUGCUGAUUCUAGACUAAAUGUGUUUGAUUCAGUAGAUGCUGCUACUACUUUUUGGAUAAAAGGCAAAGAAUUCACCCUGGCUAAACUUUUGCAAGAUGAAGCACUUGCUCAAGAAUUAGAAGGCGGAUCCUUGGCUAUUUUCCGCCUUGCACCCCAAGACUAUCAUCGCUUCCAUGUCCCUGCUCGAGGUACAAUUGAAUCCAUGAAGAACAUUGAAGGAGCUUAUUAUACAGUCAAUCCUUGUACAAUUAAUACAGACCUUGAUGUGUUUACUGAAAACCAUCGUAACGUUGCCACUCUGAAAAGCCCACUUGGGUUCAAUUAUGCUUUUGUGUCUAUCGGUGCUCUUUUGGUAGGAUCAAUUGUGAUGACAAACGGUCAAGUAGGCAAAGAAUUAGCCAAGGGAGAAGAAAUGGGUUAUUUCCAAUACGGUGGGUCUACCUGUAUUGCUGUUUUUCCUAAAGAUGCUGUCACUUGGGAUGAGGAUUUACGCAAGAACUCUGAAAAUUCAUUAGAGACCUUAGUGACUAUGGGUGAUAGAAUUGGUGUCUUUAAUGUUUAAGAAUAAAGUUUUAAGGGAUACAUGCAUGUUUUGUGCUAUUGAUAAUAAACACAGACAUAAUGCAUGCAAUUCUGAUACAACAAAAAUAGAC